ACUUUUCUCGCACGAAAUCAGUGAAUAACUGCCAACUCGUGUACGUGGUUUUACUUUAGAUUUUGCUACUUAAUACAAGGAGCUAGAUAUUCACUAUUGCAUCCUUAUUUUAUACUGCAGGACAGCGUCACGACAGCCAUGGAAAACCCGAUGACUUCAUUACCGGACCUCUAUAACUCCAUGCGACUGCGAGCCCUGACAACGCCGAGCACCAAGGCGCGGAUCGUCCUCCUGGGUUCGAAAUUCGUCGGCAAGACCACGAUCGCCGAAUGGUUUUUGCAGAAGCGAAAGGUGACUGAGCUGCAAUCGAAUAAAAGUCAGCAACACGUUCUUAUGUCGCCGGACUUCACAGUGGAUCUGAUCGACACCGACGAGACCGCACUUCCGGCGCUCAUCAAGAUGAACAUCCGGCGCGCCGACGCGUUCGUCCUCAUCUACGCCGUCAACGACUUCUAUUCCUUCGAGUACAUCCGCUUCAUGCGAGACACCAUAGUGAGAAUGCGCAGCGCCGAAGUCCCCAUCGUCAUCGUCGGUAAUAAGAUGGACAUCCCGGUGCGCAUGGUGCACCCGGUUGUCGCCGACUGCUUGGUCACCAUAGAGUGGGAGCACCCGCACGUGGAGGUUACAGCGAAGAACGGCGACGACGAAUUGGCGGCCAUCUUCGAAGAGCUGUUUCUUCAUCCGGCUCUCAACAACGAGACCCUCAUGAUGGGAGUUUCCGCAUCAUCACAAACUACGACAUCGAGGCGAGAGACGCUUAGUUCGUUACCGAACGAGGUGAAGCAAAGCAUGUCGCCGCAUUUCAAGCCACAGAAAAAGACGUGUCGGCGAAAAUCAGCGUUUCGUGUGUGGACUUUGGUGAAAAAAAUCAUCAUGAAGUGAAACGGAAAAAGACGGUUUAUUUCGAACAGUGAGUUUUCACCUGACGAUGGUAGAUGUGUAUGUCAAUGCUCGUUAAUUUUAUAUUAAUAUGACAAAGACUAUUAUUGUAUAUAAAUUAAACUUAUGUGAACAUUUUGUCUUCAUGUACUGAUUAAGUUUAGUCGCCGGCGACACAAAUGUAUAAUUUAACUGUAUCUAUAGCAAAACUAUG